CUAAUACAGUUUACCUUUAUUCUCAGGUUUUAAGGUUGAAGCUAAUGCAACAGCCACGGGAUCAUAAAAUUCUUUCAAGUAUGAAUAAUGGAUAGCAUUUUAAAACAGAUGGCAUAAAUUUUCAUGAAAUAAAACACACAUUUUAAAACCAGUUCGUACUUCUUUCCGUAUAACCUACGAUUGUAUUAUCUAAUAUGCAGUGAUAUUCCCAUAACCUGAAUUUAUUAUUAUUAUUAGGCAAGUGUAUUGCGUGUGCUAUUGUAAUUUUGUUGUUAUUAUUGUUAUUAUUUUGCGCAAUGGUUUGAGUGUAGAAACGUGAUGAUUGUUUGUGUGCUACACUACUUCUUACUCUGAACAUGAUUGGUACGAAUAAAAUAUUAACGAUCAGUCAUGAAAUAUCAACACAGUUGUAGAGAAUGCAACCACCGACCAAUAAUUCGUACAAUGUCGUAAAUUGUAGCACACCAAACCCAGACCCUGUAACAGUUACUGAAAUUAACAAAAAAGGUUGUGAUUCUCUGUAUUAAACGAACUUAUUAUGUUAAACAUAAACAAACCAUCUUUCUUGUUGACAGUCUCAGGUUUGUCAAGAAUUGAAUUAAUAAAUAAUGAGAUUUUGUUUUGUUUCAGAGUUUGUAUGCUCUUUGUUGUUAUUUGAUGAAUAUGAACAUGCUUCAUUAUUUCUGUGGCUCCUCCAAUUUAAUUCACUGUGAUUAACUUUCUCUCAUUAAAUUAACAGUAGCCUAUUUAUUUGUAUCUCAUGUGAAAUUGAUAAUUAUUUUAAAUAAGUUACUGUAAGCAAGGCACAGUACUGUGUGAAUAAAAUACCAUAGUAUCAUAUAUGGGUAACUGAUACAAUACUAAGCAACUACUAUAUGGACCUGUUCAUUACAUUUUACUGACACAAUGAUCCCCACAAAGCCUUUGCCAUGUGGCUUUAUUGAUACUCAGCUACCCAAUAUGAAGGGAAUGAGCUAUGCCCUUCCAAUAUUCAAGAAUCAUGGAGGAGUUGAACAUGAUCUGGCCAAUACAUAAAAUACAGCUUCAUGUUGUCAUGAAUUCAUAACUUAUCUCCAAAACUUGUUUACAAGAGUUAGUUUUUAUCAAAAGAGCCAUCAGCCACAUCUAUGCUGAUCAUAUGCAGCACUGGCCAUGAGUACUCCUUGGAAUUUCAGUGUUCAACAGGACUUGGAACAGCAACCGCUUAACAUGGCGCUCCUCCUCUUACAACAAGAACUCGCAGAGCUAGGCUCUGGAGCCCCAUGUGGCAGACAGAUUUCAAAGGAGGAAGAUCAUGCUGAAAGUAUUUCCCCUAAACAUCUGGAACCAACAGUAUACAUUAAAGAGGAACCUCAUUCUUUGUCAGUGGAUUACUCAUAUCCUGCUAUGCCUAAUAACUUCAACAUGAUACCUCAAGCUUGGCCAUCGUCACAGCCAUUGCAUCUGCAACGUGUGGAACAAACAUUUCCAGACAUGACUGAGAAGACUAUCUUAAACUUAGAUGAUAUUAAGGAGGAAGUUGAACCUGAAAAAGGCAAUGUCUGUAGUGGAGGUUUCAAUGAGACAUCUGAUUGUAAUAAAUGCAAUGUGCCACAAUACCCUGCAGAAUCUCUCUGUAGAAAUGAAAUGUAUCAGAAAAGAAUGUGCACAACAGAGAAUUUAUACCAUUUCUCAUCAGUUCCAUUUUCUGGUCCUUCCACAUGGUACAGUGUAAAGGCAUUCACUGGAAAGGAGACAGUGAACAGAUGGGAUACUCAAGCAGAAAAUGCAAGAAACUAUAAUAACUAUUUUAGUGGCAGAAACAUGCCUUCAUCCCAUAUUGUGAAUGGACAUGGUUCAUUGCAAGGGGAGAUGGUUUAUGGACCAAUGGCACAUGCUAAUCAUAUCCCACUGAUUUGUCAAGUAUGUGGGAAAGGUUUCGGCAUUAAGGAACAACUUUUGAAUCAUAUGAUGGUACAUCGAAAUCGGAAACCUCACAUUUGUGAAAUAUGUGAAAAAAGUUUCAGUUCUCCUGGAAAUUUGAAGACACACAUUAUGAUACACACAGGUCAGAAGCCACACUCAUGUGAGAAAUGUGGCAAAAGGUUCACUACUUUGGGAAACCUAAAAACUCAUUCUGUGGUCCAUACUGCUGAGAAGCCACAUCCAUGUCAAGUGUGUGGAAAAGGAUUUACAACUCUUGGAAAUCUCAAGACACAUUUACUAAUACAUUCAGGUGAGAGACCAUAUGUAUGUGAAGUCUGUGGGAAACGGUUCACAACACGAGGCAAUGCGAAGGCCCAUUCAGUGACUCAUACUGCAGAGAAACCGUUUGUUUGCCAUGUGUGUGGCAAGAACUUCAGUCAUAAAGGCAAUCUAAAGACACAUAUUGUGUCCAGGCAUAUGGCUAAUAAGCCACAAUACGAUUGUGUUAUGUGUGGAAGAAAUUUUACACAAGCAGAAACACUAGACACACAUAUAGCAUUAGUACAUGCUGCUACAUCUCUACCUCUUUCCAGUUUGCAAGAUGAGCUACAGUGUGAAGAGUCUCCAGCUUUCUUACCAGUGAAAGUGUAUUAUCAUUUUAAAGAGGAGCUGUUACUGUGGUACUAUUCAUUAAAUGGGAAGAGAGAAAGGGUGGAUGCAUAUGAUGGUCUUCCAACUCAUGUUUGUCGACAGUGCGUAAAUCAAGUUAAUGUGUCCUACAAUUUUAAAAGGCAGUGUGAAAUCUCUGAUGCAACUUUCCGGGAGUUACUGAAAAAUCAGAGAUUAAGUUCAGAAUUUUCUGAGGGAAAAGUAAAUGUAUCCCAAAAUUCUUUAAAUCCAGCAGAAGACACUCCAGAUGUCUGGGCACUUGUAAGAGUGAAAGCCGAAUUGGCAGAUUGUCAGUCAGAUGAAAACAAUGCUGAAGGUGGAAUGGAACAAGUGUUUCCAACUGCAAUAUGUUCAUUAACAGAACAAGGUCAAGAUAUAAGUUCCACUGCAAUGGCUGAAUCACCACUUAAGGAAGGCAUAGAGGAUGUUUCAAAAACCCUUACAGAUAAUUUACAUUUAUUCCACAGAAGCGAGAAACCUUAUGGGUGUACAGAAUGUGGAAAGCAUUUCGCUCGGAGUGGUCAGUUGAAAGAACAUAUGAAACUUCACUUGGGCUUGAAGCCAUUUAUAUGUAUUGAGUGUGGAAAGAAGUUUGCCCAGAACAUUCAUUUGAAAAAUCACUUAGCAACCCAUGCAUCUAGAAGGAAACCAAAGGUGGAUGCAUAUGAUGGUCUUCCAACUCAUGUUUGUCGACAGUGUGUAAAUCAAGUUAAUGUGUCCUACAAUUUUAAAAGGCAGUGUGAAAUCUCUGAUGCAACUUUCCGGGAGUUACUGAAAAAUCAGAGAUUAAGUUCAGAAUUUUCUGAGGGAAAAGUAAAUGUAUCCCAAAAUUCUUUAAAUCCAGCAGAAGACACUCCAGAUGUCUGGGCACUUGUAAGAGUGAAAGCCGAAUUGGCAGAUUGUCAGUCAGAUGAAAACAAUGCUGAAGGUGGAAUGGAACAAGUGUUUCCAACUGCAAUAUGUUCAUUAACAGAACAAGGUCAAGAUAUAAGUUCCACUGCAAUGGCUGAAUCACCACUUAAGGAAGGCAUAGAGGAUGUUUCAAAAACCCUUACAGAUAAUUUACAUUUAUUCCACAGAAGCGAGAAACCUUAUGGGUGUACAGAAUGUGGAAAGCAUUUCGCUCGGAGUGGUCAGUUGAAAGAACAUAUGAAACUUCACUUGGGCUUGAAGCCAUUUAUAUGUAUUGAGUGUGGAAAGAAGUUUGCCCAGAACAUUCAUUUGAAAAAUCACUUAGCAACCCAUGCAUCUAGAAGGAAACCAAAGCUGUUCUUAGGCGAUGGUUUACCAGCACAGGUAUGUCGGCAAUGUGUCCGGCUGGUAAAUACAUCAUACAAAUUCAAGCAGCAAUGUGAAAGUUCAGAUGCAGCAUUGCGUCAUGAUUGUGAUCAAAGAUUAUCUGAUGAAGAAACUCUCAGUUACAAAAAUGAAUGGAAAAAUCCACAGGCAGGACCUUCAACUGUGGAGAAUAAAGACUGUCACAAGAAACUAAAAAAGGGUAAUAUUUCUUCAAGAAAGCAUGUGAAAGAAAAGAGAAGUGGAAAGAAAUUUGCAUCAUAUGAUGUUUUGAAUGAUCAAAGUGACAUAAAAGCUGAAAAUGAAAAAACAAAUGAAUCUGAAAACUUUGUCAGUGUUAAAAACCCAGGGAGAAAUGAUAGUAAUGAAAUAUUAAGUGAUGUGAAAAUUGAGCCUGUUAUUAAAUUAGAAGUGAAAGUUCCAAAGAUCAAGGAGAAGAAAAGUUUUCUGUGUCAUGACUGUGGAAAGAACUUUGCCCGUAAGCAGCAUUUAUUAUUGCAUUUAAGAACUCACACUGGUGAGAAACCAUUUUCAUGUAAAGUUUGUGGUGAAAGUUUUGGUAUGAGUAGUAACUUGAACAAACACAUGAGGAUACAUACAGGAGAGAGGCCGUUUCUUUGUACGAUGUGCGGUAAGUGCUUCGGUAGGAGCGACACACUUACUAAGCACAUGAGAUGUCAUACUGGUGAGAAACCAUUCCAUUGUAACGUAUGUGGUAAUAACUUUGGGCGCAGUAGCACGUUAAUAAACCACAUGCGAACACAUUUAGGAGAAAAACCAUAUUUAUGUACGGAGUGUGGUAGGAGAUUUGUUCAGAGCUAUGAUCUAACGAAACACAUGAGAUCCCAUACUGGAGAGAAACCUUAUCGAUGCACGGUGUGUCGUAUGAGUUUCGGACAGAAGAACAGCUUGAAUAAACAUAUGAGAAGUCAUACAGGUGAAAUUCCGUUUGCACCUAUAGAUUUUCAGAGGACAGUGUCAUAUGUUCAUUACAGACCAUCUGUAGCCGAUUUGACGAUGGACAGGAAUGCAGUGUUAAUUGGAGGUGGGCCCCAGAUACAGUGAACAACACACAUAGAUACAUAUCAAUUCAAUCUUGUUCUGUGAAAUGCAUUUAUUAAAUUUCUGUAUGGUUUUAUUGGCCAGCAUAGUGCCUCUAAAAUUUAAGAACAGUCUUAUAUUCAUGUUACCAAUAUUUUAUGUACAAGUAUUUUUGUCCAGUAUUGAACAUUAAUAGUGAGGCUAAUUUUUUAAGCCAUGAUUCUUCAUGCAAAAUACUGAAAGGUCUGUUUCUUGAUUACUUAUAAAUGUUGGACUAUUUGACCAAUAGAAGUUUGAACACUUGAAAUACCAAAUGUGUACAACUUAAGGUUCAUUCAGUAUGAAAAAAAAAUGUAUUAUGCCAGUAAGUUAUUCUUGUGCUUGGAUUUUAGAUUUAUCCUUUGGCUCUUCUUAAGAAACGACUACUUCAGAAAGUUUUGGGUUGAAUUUGAGGUCUUCAUGGCAGUGAGUCUGAAGAUGGCUGUCUUCUUGGCUAUAGCCCGGUGUAGUUUGGUAGUAGUUUACCCUAACUUUUACCGGACUAUACGCUACUACAAUCCAGAAGACAGCCAUAUUAAGAGAGGUUUGAGGUAACAACAUAUAUUUUCUUUUUGUCUGGAAUAUUUUAUUCUCUUAAAUAUAUAUGGCUUACCUUAUGUUUA